AUGACUACCAAUGUCCCAGCCACUCGCAAAGUGGCUGUCUGCAUUGAUACCCAACACAUUGAACUCGAAGAACGCCCCAUGCCAACACCAACUGGCUCAGAGGUUGUUGUAAAAAUUCAGGCGACCGGUAUCUGUGCCACAGAUCUGCACCUCGUGCGACGGACUAUCCCUUAUCUUCAACGGAAGGUAGACGUCUGUGGCCAUGAGGGUGUUGGACAUAUUGUCGCUGUUGGGCCGGAUGUAGAUACUUCAAAAUGGCACAUGGGAGACCGAGUCGCCCACCGGUGGAUAUUUGAUGUCUGUCUAAACUGUGAUAUGUGCCAAGGAGGGAAUGAGCAGCUAUGCGACUCGAGGAAGCUGAGUGGGAAGGAUGUGGAGGGAUGCUGGGGAGAAUACACGAUUGUCAAUUCGAAGUAUCUCAUGCGUAUCUCUGAAGAUAUCUCUGCAGCCGAAGCUGCACCGACCUUGUGUGCUGGCACAACAGCAUAUAGAGCCAUUCGCACUGCCGGUCUCACUUCUGGGCAGUGGAUAGCAAUCGUUGGAGCUGGAGGUGGGCUGGGUCAUCUGGCAGUACAAUACGCUAAGGCGAAUGACUUACAGGUCCUGGGAAUAGACACAGGCCCAAGCAAACGGGAGCUGUGUAGCAGACUGGGGGUCACUUCAUACAUUGAUUUCAUGGAGACACGGGACUUGACAGCAGAUGUCACUCGUGUAACUGGCGGAGGACCUCAUGGAGUGAUUGUGGUUAGCUCUAGUACCAGGGCUUAUGAACAGGCCCUAACAUAUGUCCGCAAAAUGGGGAUUAUAGUCUGCAUUGGAAUCAGUAAGCUACGAUGGUACCUCCGGGCUACACCACGGGCUAACAUUCCACCAGCACCUAAUAAGAUGCACUUCCCUAUUGGCCCAGAAUACUUUGUGGCUCGUGGAGUUCGCCUUACUGGCAGUAGCACCGGUACGAUGGAGGAUGCGUGCAAAGCACUGCAGUAUGUGCGCGAUGGCCGAGUCAAGCCUAUGAUCAUUGAAGCCCAGUUGGAGGAAAUCGAGGCGUGUCUGCAGGCACUCGAGAAAGGGGAGGCGGACGGUCGAUUCGUGGUCUCGUUUACUUAA